AUGGACAUCAUCAUCACCGAGCAGCCAGUCUCCGUCUCCGUCCCCGUGGGAUACUCCUUCACCCUGCGGUGCAAAGCCGAGGGACGCACGUCCCUGCGGUACCAGUGGUUUUGCCAGCAGCGGUCUGUCUGCCGCCAGAUUCCUGGUGCCACCAAGCAAGAAUUGCCCAUCACUGCACAGCAGACCCAACUCUACACUUGCAGAAUCAAUGACCUCUACAGAAAUGUCGUCUUCUCUGACUGGGUGAAGGUGGAGGUCCAUCAGUGUGUCGCCAGAGGACUGCCCCCUCAGCUCUGGCGAGGAGAACCGGUCAUUGUCCUUAACCCCACCGAGCAGAGGGUGGAGGUGGGGAAGCCGCUACAGCUGCAGUGUGCUGCCAUGGGGUUCCCAGCCCCCAGCUACCAGUGGUACCGGAAUGGGAACCCGCUGGAACAACAGAAGAAAAAAAAACUCUGGAUCACCCAUGCAAAGGUCAGCGACUCUGGCACGUACCUCUGCUGUGCCUCCAAUACCCACGGAGAGCACUGGACCAAUGCCGUGGAUAUCCACAUAGGUACGUGUCGCUCUGAAAAGUUUUUUGCUACAGGCAAGAUAGCACUUUUAGUGGGCAACAACCGCUACCAGCAUCAUCCCAACCUCAUGGCUCCUGUCACGGAUGUGUUUGAGCUGAGUCUUCUUCUGCAGCAGCUGAACUUCCAGGUUGUCUCCCUUCUGGACCUGAACAAGGCUGAGAUGGUGACAGCAGUCAGUCAGUUCCUGCAGCUCCUGGGGAAGGGAGUCUACGCUAUAUUCUACUAUGCUGGUCACGGCUAUGAACAUUUGGGGAGGAACUACAUGGUCCCCGUUGACGCUCCACAACCCUACUCCCCUGAGAACUGCAUCAGCGUGCAGAGGAUCCUCCAGAAGAUGCAGCAGCAGCGGACGGCCCUGAACCUCAUCCUGCUGGACACCUGCAGGAAAUGGUACAACCCAGAGUGUGCCCUCUCCCAGGUACAGCCGCUGGAGCCCUGGGGCAAUACCGUUUACGGCUACGCCACGAGCGAAGAUGCGGAAGCCUAUGAGUUGCAGGAUGGGGAGUUCAGCUCUGGGAUCUUCAUGAAAUAUCUGAAGAAACAUAUUCUGCAGGAGAAGAAGGUUACACACAUGCUGGACGAUGUGUUAGAAGAUAUCGGCCGGGAUCCCUUGGUCACUGGGAAGCAGGUGAUGGAGAUCAAACACACUCUGAAGGAAGCUCGGUCCCUGACGGACCCGAUCUACCCCUUGGGGGCAGCUGCUGAGCGCUGGGGACGCAGCCACGAGCCGCUGAGCAAAACCGUGACCUUCCCCUGUGGGGCGCAGGUGAAACUCUGCUUCCACUGGCUCUUCUCCAAUAUGAUGUAUGUGUGCGCCAAGCUGCAGCCUCUCCCGGCCCACAUCACUGACGCCCAUCUCCUGCUCUGCCAGCCCACCGAGACGGUCGAAGCAGCCACCCUGCAAGAGAGCUGCCCGGACCACGUGGAGUCUCUGCUCGCCUCUGUGUACAAGCGGGAGGAGCUGGACUGCGUCUUCCAGCUCUGUGGACUACAGAAAAUUCAGACGGAUGUGGUCCUGCAGUUGGAUUUGCAUUACACCCAGCUGAGCACAAAGCAGAGGACUUGUGAAAGCCUGCAGACAACCCUUCAGAAAUCUCUGCUAGGGCAGUUUUUCAGCCAGAGCAAUUGCUCCCAGCCAAACCAUCCGAGAACUCCUGCCCGCGCAGGCAGCGUGUGCCUCCAGGAUGCAUCGGUGCUGAGCACGGUCCCGAAGGGGCAAACAUCUCUGAGGACAGGCUCUGGCCACAACUUGCCCAGCAGCAACCCCUGCAGCUCCAGCAUCGAGCCAGAGGAGAACGACGAGAGCGACCUGAGCGAACUUUGCUCGGCAGUGCUCCGGGCUGGCCCGGGGCAGGACGACCCCUGA